AACCGGCGAUACAAGUACUUCGUCUGUCCGCGCCAUAGCCCUAUCGUCCGUCCCAGGCGCCCUCUGCUUCUUCCUCCUGAGCUUUUGCUCGACAUCUUCGUGGGGCUUGCCUCUGACUACCUAUAUUUCCUCUUCUCUUUCGAGAAACAAGAUGAUGACGAGAUAGAGAAGUGUUUGGCCACUAAUCCAUUUGUUGUUUUUCUGCAAGUGUCCCAUCAGUUCAGAGAGGUUGCAUUCAAAGUGCUGGAGGAUGUGUUCGGAAUUCACAGGGACCCUGAUGGGAGGUACGUACCCAUAUUCCUUCGAUUUGAACACUUAAGGCUGCGUUGACGGUUUCCCUUGUAGCCUACCGAAGGAUGCAUGGUCAUGCCUUCGAUAUGCGAUGAUGUGCGCACACCUGCAGCACGCCACACCGGAAGCCGUCGAUGAGCACGCCAAGCAGGGAAGCAGCUACGAAUUAUCUCCCAUACUGAAGAAAUACGUGUACAUCGCAACACUGGCUGGCACUGCUCCCGACCGCGGGCAGCUCGAGGGAGCGCUGAGAAAGACAAUGAAUGAUAUGCAGUGGCACGGAUUCUUGGAGCUCAAACUAAGCGCAAUUCUUCGGGCUCCUUUGUGUACUCUUGCUUAUGGAGCGUUGUGGUCCCUCAAGUUUCGCUGUUCGAUGUUUCCUCUUCAUCGGCCUUUGUUGCGGCGGAUCCCGGCGAAUUACGUCGGGAAAGACACUCUAUUACGCAGCUGCUAUAGCGUAUUCUAUAUGAUAUCUGAUGUACAGAUCACGGAUCCCGAGACAACACUCCCACUCGAAGGGCAACAGAAACUCGUGCCUAUCAAGAUACCCAUCCCACAGAGCGUCAAUGCCGAUCUCAUCAACCGAUACCGAUUCCUCUCGUCUCUUUGGCACUUCCAGAGUUGCCCAGUUAUGGCCGCCGACGAGGGCCUGAUGCAGAUGUCACAGUCAGUUGUGGACUACUGCCUUGCCGUCGUGAUGCCAAAGCGACCGCUGACAAGCAAGACGUCGCGGCGACGGCGCGCAUCCUUGUCAGCAUUGCACGACAUGCGCCUCGAAGCCAAGCCGCGUUUUCCUCUCAAGCCACCGUGUCAUUGCGAGCGUCGUUUAUUCGUAUGAGCAAGUAGUCAUUGGAAUAAAGCAUGCGAGUAUGUAACACCACUGAGCACUACGUAGUAGUAGUUGGGCCGAUGUUUGUUCUGUUGUCCUGCACGACUUGUUUGACGCACGUUUGGUUCUCCGCUUCGAUCCAUGGUUCGUAAG